UCCAAACUUGUGACUAUCUAUAGCGAAUGGAGAAAAUUUGAAUCUGCAGAUUGAUCUUUCAAGCUAGCAAACUACAUUGUAUGCGAACGACUUAUCCAGAUGAAGAUCUGUCCAGAGUUGCCCAUCAACCCAAGCCUGAAGGUCACAGGCAGAAUUUUUGCCAUAAAUUUUGAAAUUCUCCUGUAAAUUCCAUCACUGCUGCUUUCACACGACCAUCUGCCGAGAGCCAUUCCAAACCAAACACCGACAAACCGGAUAUAAAUAGAACAGUGGCAAAACAUUUCAUAUGAAGUCCUACCCAUAGUAUGGAUGUCGAUUAGCCGUCAGGUGGCAGAGUAGGCGAGUGUGGAAAAGCGUCGACCAACGUUCAUCCUCUCGGUUGUUGCACACACAUCUCAGUUGGCCACGAUCCAAGUUCGGAGCGUGCGUUGGUUGCUUGGAUGACCACGUUUGGUUCAUCUCUCUACCAACACCAGCAGCCAUCCGGCAGAUGAACCGCCUGCUGCGCCGCGAGGUAUAUCGCUGGCCGCGAGUUGGCCAACAGCUCAGAACAACUUCGAACGGCGUCCGAGUCAGGUCCCCGGAGCAGAACCAAAAGAGCCAAGAAGCAAUAUCCGGCAGUAGUGAGUGGUGUGUCAAAAGUGUGAUCCUCCCGGUUUGUCAGUCGAAGUGAGAACGUGCAAGCGAACAGUUCUCCGUCAAGCAAGUUAGCAGUUCGAGUCAACAACUCCAGGCAGCACCGAAAAUGGUCUACGACAGCGAUUUCUACACCACCCGCCGGGUCGGUUCGUCCUACACCCGCCCAACGAUUUCGUCCUACACAGUGACGACGCCUCUGCGAUAUUCUGGAGUGCCAAGACUCGAUACAUUCACCACUACCACCACCACCUAUCGCACCCCAAUGCCAUACGUCGCCCACAAGCGCAUUGUUCCGCUGACGGGAUACGCCACGUCGCCAUCCAGGGUAACCGUAUCGCCGGUCCGGGUGUACGGUUCGCCCGUCCGUGUUCUCCGAUCGCCGGUCCGCGUCCUCGGUUCGCCGAUCCGGGUCAUCUCGUCCCCGAUCCGAACCGUGGUCCGGGCCGUCCGAUCGCCAGUUCGCGUCAUCUCCUCGCCGGCACGGGUAGUCACCAUCCGGUCGUCCUACCUGCGUCCGUCGAUCGUCAACAAAGAAUUCGAUCGUAUCGAACGUAAAUACCGUGCCAGUCCCGUAAGUAGCGCCAUCGAGCAGUAUUACAACUCGCCAUCCUACUUGGAAUUCGAGGAUGAAAAGCGUGAAAUCCGCAACUCGAGUGCCCUGCUACUGCGUCAGUUGAACGACCCCGUGCCACGCCUGAUGGGCCCCUCGCUCCAGACAGCAACUCCAGUCGCCGAACCAAACCCCAAACGGUGGGUCUACGAUCCGUUCAGCCACCAUAAGAACAGCGAGACGUACGUCAAGAACACCAUCACCGACCCGCUGCGCAGUGUAGCCAGGGACAUCGAAGCCAUGGCCAGAUACCAUUCGCCCGCCUCGCGCUACGUCGAAUACGUCCUGUUGGACGAUAUCCUCUGGCGUUACACCUAUUACGUCGAUGAAGAUGGCAAAAAUCACUUGGCCAGUACGCGCAUUAUAGGAUCCCAGGCGUACCCGAAGACCAAGCCGCGAAUCUAUAACUAUGACACUGCCCGGGUCGGCAGAGAAGUCAAUGUCAUGUCGCACUAUAAGGCGAACCGCAGCCAGGCCAAGUCCGACGUCGAGGAAGUGAGAUUAAAUCCAGCCCGGCCGACGCGCAAGUUCAACAACCCGAAGCUGUACGACGACCCCACGGACGACAAGCUGAAGGACAAGCAGGACAAGAUCGACCGGGUCAGCGAGCUGAACAAGAUCCGGUACGAGCCGGUCAACCUGGAGCAGGAGCGCCGCAAGCUGCUGGACGAAACCAAGAAGAAGGAGGAGGAAUCGUUGGAGCGCGAGCGCAAGCGCCAGGAGGACAAGUCCCGUCAGGAGGAGGAAGCUAAGCUGGUGGCGGAGAAAGCUCGCCUUGCGGCCGAAGAAGCCGAACGGAAGCGAGCGGAGGAGGAGCGGCUAGCCGAGGAGGCACGCAUCGCUGAGGAAGCCCGGCUAGCCGAGGAGGCGCGGCUGGCUGAAGAGGCCAAGAAGGCCGAGGAGAAAAAGAAGAAGGCUGCCGAAAAGAAGCGCAAACAGGAAGAGGAAGAGCAAAAGCGUAAGGAAGAGGAAGAGGAACGCAAGCGCAAGGAAGAAGAGGAGCGAAAACGAUUGGAAGAGGAGGAACAGCAACGAAAGGCCGAAGAGGAAAGAAAACGAUUGGAGGAGGAAGAGCGCAAGCGUAAGGAAGAAGAGGAGCGCAAGCAAAAGGAGGAAGAGGAGAAGAAGCGAUUGGAGGAAGAGGAAACCAAGCGCAAGGAGGAAGAGGAAAAGAAACGAGUGGAGGAGGAACGUCUGGCUGAGGAAGCUCGCCUUGCCGAGGAAGCCCGCCUGGCCGACGAAGCCCGCCAAGAAGAGGAGAAGAAGCGCAAGGAGGAGGAGGAAACCCGCAUCAACGAGGCGCAGAAGAUCCGCGAAGAUGAGCUCUCAAGGUUGAACGAACUGGAGAAGCAGGCCAUCGAAGAGGACAACGUCGAGCUGCUGCGGGAGAUUACCGAACUGAAGGCCAUUGCCCAGUCCGACGAGGAACUGCUGAAGCGUCAAGCUGCCAAGCUCGAGGAAGCCGCUCCAGCUGCGGAGGCCACUGCCGAGCCAGAAGCUGCUCCAGCGGCUGAGGAAGAGGCCGCGCCUGCCGAAGCCGCUGCUGAGGAACCCGCCGUCGCCGCCGAAGAAGAGGUCAAGACUGAGGAAAGCCCAGCUGCUGAAGAGUAAACUCAAGACCGACGUCGACGCCUAGGUUAAGAUACUACAUUAAGUGUUCAAGAUACUACUUAAAGCGUCCGCGCAAACGCAAUUCAAAAUUCUGAAAGACACUAACGACUACCGGCGGCUAUCUACAGCCACCGGAAACUGAUUGGAAACGAACUCGACACCUAUUCGGAAUGAACUCAUCGCAACAUUCGUAGACAACCGACGCCGUGAACUCGAAACGCUCAGUAGCUGUGCUUCCAGCCACCCGCCCAACCGUACGGAACAGCAUUCGGGAUAUAGAUCGUGGAGUCUAUAUGGAACGCCCUUCAGCAAACCGUACGGCAUCCCUGAAACUCUCGUGGAUGACCAAUGGACGCAGCCAACGGGGUGUUGAACACUUCAUCUCUAGUGCAUUUCUCUAUCGCUUUUAACUCGAUUCCCGUAUCUUCCGCCGCCCGACCCGAACAUAAUAUAAGGCUUUUAUCCAAGUUACGUCAUUGUUUCAUUGUAUUACAAACAUCGAGACACAUACAUACAAGCAUUACACAGAUCUGUUAAGUUUGAGAAACUGAAUAAAGAAAUUUUAAGAUCGA